AUGCCGGAGCCCUGGGGGGAGCAGCACCAGCCCCAGGCGGUUCCUUGGGUCACGGCGGCAGGGAACCAGCACCCCCCGGGUGCCAGCGCAGCCCUGACCCAGGGCUCCGGGGAGGGCUUCUCCGUCUGCCAGGACGUGAAGGACUUUGCUCCUGAGCAGCUGUCGGUGAAGAUGGUGGGCAGGAAGGUGGUGCUGGUGGGGCAGAAGGAGACACAGAGCACAGACGAGAAGGGCUCCUUCUCCUACAAGUACGAGGUGCUGAAGCGGGAGUGGGACGUGCCCGAGGAGGUGGAUGCCGAGGCGCUGACAUGCUCCCUGUCCAAGGAGGGGCAGCUCCGCAUCGAGGCCCCCAGGCUGGCCCUGCCGGCUGCGCCGGAGAGGAACGUGCCCAUCCAGGUCAGCCCUGCAGCACCACAGCCCGGACCAGCCUCUGAGGAUGGAGCCACCCACAAAGCCCAGGUGUAACGGGAGGGGAAGCGAUGGCCCGCGGCAGGACCGGAGAAGAUAGCAGCAAGUCUUGGGUUUUAGCCCAGACAAGCUCCAUCACCAAUGAUGUUAUUUUUUUCACUAUACUGGAAUGUUUUUGUAUCCAAUAAAAAUACUUUUGCAUAG